CCAGAGCUGACUUCCCCCCCGUCUGGCUUCACCUGCGGAGACCGGGCCUCGUGACCAUCUACCAUUCCUGAAGGACUUCAUUGUUCCGAGACUAUAUUUGUUUGCUGUUGGAUCUCUCUGGAAAACGUUGCCAUCAUGUCGACGGCUGUGGAGGCGACCGGGUUCAUCAUGUGCAUCAUCAGCUGGCUGAUCACCGGCGCGUCGCUGGCAAACGACUACUGGAAGCUUUCCACCGUGUCCGGCAGCGUCAUCAUCUCCCAGAGGCAGUUUGAGAACCUGUGGCACUCCUGCGCCGAGAACAGCGCCGGCAUCGCCGAGUGCAGAGACUUUGAGUCGAUGCUUGCCCUCCCCGCUCACAUUCAGGCGUGUCGCGCUCUGAUGAUCCUGUCUCUGCUGCUCGGCCUCGGCUCCAUGAUCGUGUCCCUGCUCGGGCUGAAGUGCAUUAAGAUCGGCUCGGCUACCGAACAAACCAAGGCCAAGGUCGCCAUCACCGGGGGCGUCCUGAGCAUGCUCGCUGGUCUGUGCUGCAUGAUAGCGGUUUCCUGGUACGCCUACAGAGUGGUGGAGGACUUCCACAACCCGUUCUUUGGUGGAGUGAAGUUCGAGCUGAGUACCGGCCUCUACAUGGGAUGGGGUGCAGCCUCUCUGUCCAUACUGGGUGGAGCUUUUCUCUGCUCCGCUUGUAAGAGAGCGUCCCCUGAAGGCAAGAAAGGCGGUUACUAUGGAAACAAGCCACCGAGGGUCUACACGGCUACAGCCAAGUCUGAACCAGAUUCAGCCAGAGCUUACGUCUAAACACACACAUCUGUACACGUUUAAGGACACUGUAUGGGCUAAACUAGUCGGUAUAUAAGGAGACCAGCUGUUUGUCCCCACAGUGUGAUGAUUGCUGUAAACACACCUCGUCUGCUGACCGAUGUCUGAUUAAACACGGACGUCUAGUUCUGUUUCUGUCCUGUUCAAAUAUUUGCUUAUUUUUUUAAAGAGUUUUUUUUGACGUGAAAUCUUAAAUCUAAAUCUAGAGGAUGCAUAAAGAUUAGUAGAUGAUUGUUAUUGAUUGUUUAAUUCUGUUUGGAGUUUAUUACUAUCUGAAUAAAGUUUGUA